UUAAACUUUUACGGUGUGUCCUUUCAUAAAAAUAAGAGCGCUCUAUGAGAAUUUCUUUGCUGCUUCACCACCUCUAGAAGAAGUCUUGUAUUUGACGAAACAUUGAUUCAAAUUUGUUAAAAAUCUCAGAAAGGGGAGCUAAUACGUAAUGGAAAAUUCAAAAAGAAAAGGUUCUCCUACAAAAGCCAAAAGAGCCAAGAAGAUAAAGAAAAAUGACGGAAUCAAGAAACCAACUUCGGCAUACAUAUACUUUGUAUCAGAUUACCGCAUGGUUUUAAAGAAGAAAGGAAAGGAUACAUCUAGGGUUCAAGAUGUUGCUAAACUUUGUGGAGCUGCUUGGAAAGAAAUGUCAGAUGAGGAGAAAGCACCUUAUCAACAAAAAUACCAGACAGAUAGGGAUCGUUAUUUGAAAGAGAAAGAAGCUCUUGAUAAGAAAAUGGGUAAGGACCCAAACAAACCAAAAAGACCUCAGACAGCUUACUUUUGCUUUCUUGCUGAGUUUCGUAAAGAAAUUGCUGGAAAGACGUUAAAAGAUGGUGAAAAGAUACCACAACUUGCUGGUGAAAGGUGGCGAGAUAUGAAAGCUGAAAAUAAAAAGAAAUAUGAAGAAAUUGUUGAAAAAGAUAAAGAAAGAUAUGAAAAAGAAAUGGAAGAAUACAGAAAAAAUAAUCCAGACCAAGGAAAGAAACCUGCCCCGAAAAAGAAAGUUCAAGAACCUGUCCCAGAGUCAUCUGAUGAUGAUGACGAUGACAGUGAUGAUUCUGAAGAGGAAGAAGAUGACUCUGAUGACGAUUCAGAUUAAGUCACUUGUAUUAUUUGCAUAUAUUCAUGUUGUGGAUAGCAGUGUUUAAAUUGCUGUUUUAUUCAACUAUCCUCUCACCAUUUUCAUCAACAAAGCAUGCAUAUGUUCGAGUCAUUCAAGUUUGUUGGCUACUUGUUUUGAACGUGAAGAAUUCGUGUACUGAAUACGAUGCAAUAUUUUUAAAAAAACCUUUCUUCUAAAUUUACUGAUGUUUGGAAUGAUUUUUAAUAUUUAUUUUAAAUUGUACGAAAUCUUUUACAAUAAAAUUCGAUACUGACAUCAUAGUUGCCCUCACAUGCUUCUCAACAAAGGAUGUCUGAUAUUAUGUAUAUUUGAGAAAGGCAUAAUAAAUCAAGUACUUCCUCGA